ACUCGUAGGAAGCAUACAGCGAAAAACUUCGUCAGAUUUAAUAAAUUAAAGUCAAAAUUUAUAAAAGAAACUGCGACAAAAGCAGAAUAUAUUGUGAAUUGUAUUAAGUUUACACACCUAGUUAGUCCACUCUUGGAAUUAGGUGGCAUAAGUUUUGUAUAAUGUCUACUCUACAGAAUGAGAAUCUUGUACGUGCAUUAAUCCGAAAUGCUACAGUGCCUUUAGUGUUCAGAGGUUUCGUGAAUAACUGGCCUAUGUGCCAUUGGUCAAUAGAAAAAUGGAGUUCAUUAUUUGGUGAUAAAGAAAUACCAUUCCGGUGUUUAAAGCGGGAUUUUGUUUCUGAUGAGCCAUGCUGGGAACGUAGGUGUAGUAUGAAAUCUAUGACCUUUAAACAAUUCGUGAAGACUCUUGACUCAUCUGAAGAAUGGAUGUACUUUGAUUAUAAAUACUUGCACCAAUGGUUUGAUGUUGAUACUGAAAUAUUCAAGGAAGUGUCUUGGAAGCAGUUUGGAUUUUCUGAUAAAGGUCCCACAGACACCACUCUGUGGGUGGGCAGCUCCGGGGCGCACACACCUGCCCACCAGGAUACAUAUGGUGUCAAUAUUGUUGCUCAAGUACAUGGAAAGAAGCGCUGGAUCCUUUUUCCUCCUGAAACAGCUGGCAUGAAACCUACAAGAGUGCCUUAUGAAGAAUCUAGUGUUUAUAGUGAGCUGAACUUCUACUGCCCCAAUAACCUCAGUGUUUUCAAUGGAUUGUCUGGUGGUCGUAUGGUGGAGCUCUCACCCGGCGACGCGUUGCUCGUGCCCCGAGGCUGGUGGCAUUACGUGCAGAACUUGGACCCUCUGAACAUAGCCCUUAAUGUGUGGCUGCCUCAUGAAAAGGACGCCUCGGCGCGUGUAUCGGAGGCGCUGAUCAAAAUACUAGUAGCCCAGGUGUGCAAGGAUCUGCCACACAAGACGGCUAAACUUCUAGUCAACCCUAAUGAGGACGACAUUGCGGACACGCCAUUGGCCGUGCUGUUCCUACAACUGGAAACAGUCUCCAACUUAUACAUGGACAGCAAACGGAAGUCGCGAAGGAUUAAACGACAGAAGACUUGCGAAGAAGAUCCCACCCCUACUGAUUCAGAAGAUUGCGAUGUCAACGCCAUCUUAGACGACCCAGCCAAUAAACUAGAGGUAGCCGAAAGUAUUACUAACGCAGAUCUGAUAAAUUUGAUUAAGGAUAAUUUAAAGAAAUAUGCUAAUACUAAUAGAUCUUUUGACGAGGAUGAAGUAGAUGGAGCCACUGCGAACCUCUGUUUGACUAAAGCCGUGAUUGACGCGUUCAGUCAGAGCAAUGUGAUUGAUCUCGUCAAGCAGAAUAUGUUGAGUAGACUGAGUUAGAUGUUAGACUGUAUAUGGGUAGUGAAGUAGAUAAAGAUUUACCAGAAAUAUAGCAGACCUGACAAUGAGGGCGCUAGUUCUGCGUUUCAUAUAGCAACACCUAUGGAUAUUGUGUUGACCACUAUAUAUGUGUUGUUGUAAACCAAUAGUUAUGUCAUAUUAAGUGAUAACAAGCUUAUUUGACAUUGAUUUGUAGUGCACUAAAAUUAUUAUCAAAAGUAUAUAUA